AUGGAUUUUGAAGAAGACCAGACGUCAUCUUCCCAGUUUGACGUGUACAGGCACCGGGCGGAAGUAACGUACCGUAAGUUCCUAGACUACAUUACACCACACAUUAUUGCCAGAUGGAUUGCGACAUAUGUGAUCAUCAUAAUCUUCAUGGCACGUAUUCUGGUUGUUGAAGGGUGGUACAUUGUUUGUUAUGCGUGGGCCAUCUUUCUAUUGAACAUGUUCUUAAGAUUCUUGACCCCAAAGAUCGAUCCAUCCAUUGAGCAAGACAUCCAAAACGACUCUGUCGAGGCCGGCACAGGGAAGAUGGACGAGAACGACGAGGAGUUCAAGCCAUUUAUCAGAAGGUUGCCUGAGUUUAGGUUCUGGUUGAAGACAACGGUGUCUACCGUUGUCGCCCUCUUUUGCUCGUUGUUUUCUGUGUUUGAUAUUCCUGUCUUUUGGCCGAUCCUCGUCGUCUACUUCAUCAUCCUUUUCAUGGUGACUAUGAGAAGACAGAUCCAGCACAUGAUCAAAUAUAGAUACUUGCCUUUUGAUUUGGGAAAGACAAAAUACGGCUCUAAAUAA